CCAGACGCGCGGAAGACGCGCAGUUCGCAGCAUCAUUCCAGCGGUGCAGGAUUCAAAUAAAAGUGCGCUUUUCGUUCUUUCUGUCAACUGACUGCUGCAGAAGCGAGUCUUUUUCGUCUGACAGAGCUGUGGGACAUUUAACACCUCAAGAAUGUGUGGCACGGAUGCAGAGGUAGACGAUGCAGGUUCAGUGGAGGAGGAGGAGAAAUAUGAGGAAUUCUGGGUUGGGGAGGAAGUGAAGAUGAUGCCCCCUCCUGUCGUGGAGAGUGAGAGCAGUGCAUGGGGAAGCCGUCGGUCCUGCUGUGGCUCUGUGGUCUGUGGGGCAGCUCUCCUCCUGUGGAACCUCUGCGUGGUGUCAGUUACUGCUCUGCUGCUUGUUCUGGUCUUCUCCAUGGUCCUGCUCCCUGCGGUGCUGCUGCUCUAUGCUGGAUUCCUCUGCCAUUCCAGGGUACUUGGUGCACCAUCAGCCAUAUGUCAUUACCUUGAUGACAACAGUUGCUCCGCCCUCAUCAUCCUUGGCUUUGUGAUGACAUCUCCACUUGUGGUUUUGGCAGCUGCUGUCUUCUGUGGGAUUGUCCGUAGGUUUCAUCUCCUGCUUUUCAUUAGGCCAAUCAAACAUGCCUGGUACCGCAGGCGCUUGCUUGAAUGGCCAAGCAGUGCAAACGCCUGGGUGUGACUAUCAGCAAACAGGAAGCUCUAAUAGUGGGGCAUGGCAUUAUUAGUUAAGGGGGCAAACAAGGUUGAGCAGAAACACCUCACAUUCUAAUCCCAACAAAUACUAGACUGCUUGUUGGAACGCAUGUUAUUCAGUUGUACUGAGUCAAAGAGAUGGUGACAUUGAAUGCAAAAGUUUUGUUGUGUUGGGUUUCAUUACACUGUGACGUUUCCCUGUUAUU